GAUGGACUGGGGUGUUGCGCGCUGAGGCGGAGGUGGACGCGGGUGCCGGCAAUGGCCGGUGCUCGGGCCUCCUCCUUCCUGCCGCAGGAGCCUGGGCUGGGGGAGUUGCUAGAGGAGUUCUCCCGGGCACAGUAUCGGGCCAAGGACGGUAGCGGAGCGGGCAGUGCCAAGAUCGAGCGGAUUGAGAAGAAAUGCCUAGAGUUGUUCGGCAAAGAUUACUGCUACAGUCUGAUCCAAAAUGUGAAUGGGGAGAUAUGUGGCCACUACCCCCGGCACAUUGUGUUCCUAGAAUAUGAGAGCUCUGAGAAGGACAAAAACACAUUUGAGAGCACUGUGCAAGUGAGCAAACUGCAGGACCUUGUCAACCGCAGCAAGUUGGCCAGAUGUAGAGGACGGUUUGUCUGCCCAGUCAUUCUGUACAAGAGGAAGCAUAUUUGCAGGUCUGCAACCCUGGCUGGAUGGGGGGAGCUCUAUGGACGCACUGGGUAUAAUUACAUUUUCUCAGGGGGCUCAGAUGACAUUUGGGCUGAUACCGAAGAUGUCACAGAAGAUUGUGCAUUUAGAAAUGCAGAUUCCCAGCUUUUUGAUAAGGUUAGAGGCCAUGACAUCAAACUACUUCGGUACCUGUCGGUCAGAUACAUCUGUGACCUGAUGGUGGAAAACAAGAAAGUGAAGUUUGGCCUGAAUGUGACCUCCUCCGAGAAGGUGGACAAGGCCCAGCGUUACGCUGAUUUCACUCUCCUCUCGAUCCCGUAUCCAGGCUGUGAGUUUUUCAAGGAGUAUAAGGAUCGUGACUACAUGGCCGAGGGGCUCAUUUUUAACUGGAAACAGGACUACGUUGAUGCUCCGUUAAAUAUCCCUGUCUCUCUGACCCGCUCUCUGAACAUUGACUGGAGCGAGUACCAGUGCUGGGACCUGGUGCAACAGACCCAAAACUACCUGAAGCUGCUGCUUUAUAUCGUCAACACUGAGGAUGACAGCGGGCUGCUGGUGCAUUGUAUAUCUGGCUGGGAUCGAACACCUCUCUUCAUCUCCCUCCUUCGCCUUUCCUUGUGGGCCGAUGGCCUAAUCCAUGCAACCCUGCAGCCUGCAGAGAUUCUCUAUCUGACUGUGGCCUAUGACUGGUUUCUCUUUGGACACAUGUUGGUAGAUCGACUCAGCAAAGGAGAGGAGAUUUUCUUCUUCUGCUUCAAUUUUUUGAAGCACAUCACCUCUGAAGAGUUCUCUGUUCUGAAGACACAGAGAAGGAAGAGCUUGUCAGCUCGGGACCCUGGCUUUUCCCUGGAAGAAAUCUGCAUGCUGGAACGGAGGGACCGGGGCAGCACGACUAGUCUGAGCAGCGACUUUUCUCUGGUAAUGGAGAGCUCACCUGGAGCAGCUGGGAGUUUCACCUACGAAGCUGUGGAGCUCCUACCGGCAGGAGCACAAACACAGGCAGCUUGGAAGAAGAACCGCACUUCUUCUCCCCAGACCGUGCUCUGGAACCGGUCCCAGCAGCCAGAAGAUAAGACGCCCAACCAAGGGGUGGCGGAAGCCAAGUCUUCUAGCUCUUCCUCCUCUAAUCACUCUGAGAACUUUUUCAGGAUCGGAAGCAGUCCGCUAGAGGUCCCUAAACCCAGAUCAGUGGACCAUUCCAUGCCCGGAUCCUCCAUCUCUACAGACUUUGGCAGCUGGCAGAUGGUAUCGGGGUGUGGCAGUAUUCAGGAGCAGGCAGUCCUGAACCCAGACUCCUCUCUCCCUCUCAGCUUCCCGGAUGAACUCCCAAACAGUUGCCUGCUCACAGCACUGACCGAGCGGGAGUCUCGGCUGGAGGAAGUUCGCUCAGCCUUUUUGGCCACCUACAGCAGGACAGUUGGCCUCAAAUCAGCGACUUCCAGCCCGUCGGGGGCGAUCGGUGGCCUUCUGGAGCAGUUUGUUCGGGGUGUUGGACUGCGAGGAACCAGUAGCACCCUAUGAACCGCUCUCCGCUCCAGUACAAUCUCCUGCUCUCCCCAGCUGAGCCACUGGAGGAAUCAAAGCCAUGAGAGCCCGGGGCUAGGGAUUCUCUUGCCACUUACUCUGGAACCUUCAGGGAUGCACCUGGGCUGUGGGCAGUUUUCUAAUCCUUCCAGCCUCUGACUGUGACCACGUUUUUUCUCCUUCCCUUCUACUUGUUAAGUCUCUUCUCCUCCCCGGUUAAGUUGAUCUCUUCAGCCCUCGGAGUUGCACAGGGCUCUCAGUUCAGUUCUCAAUUGUCAGGUCUCAGCCUCUCUCUGGUGGGGAGAGGACCAUCUUUUACCAUUGUUACUCUGAAGUCACCUGCACGCAGGAUGAAGUGUCUGACACAGUCACAAGUAAAAAUGUUGUUUCAAGCAA